CUUGUUGCAAAAAAUGACAAAACUAAGGUUCAGCAGGAUCGUAACGUGAAACGCAGCGUCUAUCUGAAGAAGACGGAGAUUAUCUCGAUCUGUACAAGAACUGGAACCCUAAGUCUCCGGCGCACCAUCUCCGGCGCCCAAACUCCCCACGCGCCGCCCACAGUCGUUCCCAGCAUUCACCUGUGCUGUGCGAUUCAGCUGAAGCCCAAUGGCUCCGAAGGCCAAACCGGCGCCGUCGCAGCCUCCCACUCCUCCUCCACUCGAAGAUCUAUUCACCACUCUCAGCAGGCACAUCCAGUCUUCCGCAUUCGAUCAUGCAGCCAAAGUCGCAGAUCAGAUUCUCGCUGUUGCGCCCGGCGACGAGGACGCGAUCCGCUGCAAGGUCGUGGCUCUGAUCAAGGGUGACCGCGUUGAAGACGCCCUCUCUGCCAUUCACUCUUCGAAGACUCUGCCUGAUGAUUUUCAUUACCUUAAGGCAUACUGCUUAUACAGACAAAACAAGUUGGAUGAAGCUUUGGAGUCUUUGAGAAAACAAGAGAGAGAUGAUGAAACUAUGCUUUUGGAGUCUCAGAUUUUAUACCGUCUGGGGAAAAUGGAUGCUUGCUUAGAUAUCUACCAGAAGCUACAAAAGUCCAAGAUUGAUAGCUUGGAAAUAAAUUCUGUUGCUGCCUUUGUCAUGGCUGGGAGGUCAUCUGAUGUUCAAGGAUUGCUGGAUUCACUUCGGCUUAAAGCAACAAGCAGCUUUGAAUUGGCUUACAAUACUGCUUGCUCUUUGAUUGAAAGGAAGAAGUAUACGGAUGCAGAACAACUCUUGUUGUCCGGUCGAAGAAUUGGUCAAGAGGUCCUGAUGGAAGAUAACUUGCCUGAUGAUGAGAUAGAAAUUGAAUUGUCUCCUUUAGCUGUACAGUUGGCCUAUGUCCGACAGCUUCUCGGGAAUAAGCAAGAUGCUAUUGAAGCUUAUACCGAUGUAAUUAAACGAGAUAUGGCCGAUGAAUCAUCAAUUGCUGUGGCAAUCAACAAUCUUGUUUCAUUGAGAGGUGCAAAAGAUGUUUCUGAUAGCCUAAGGAAACUUGAUAGGCUAAAGGAGAAAGAUGCACAAAAUUUUCGCCUAGCUCAUGGACUUGACCUGAAACUUUCAUCAAAGGAAAGGGAAACAAUAUAUGCAAAUAGGAUUCUGUUGCUUCUUCAUGCCAAUAAGCUUGACCAGGCCCGAGAACUUGUUUCUGCAUUGCCAGACAUGUUUCCAGAUAGUGUGAUACCGGUAUUGCUACAAGCUGCGCUCUUGGUUAGAGAGAACAAAGCUGGAAGGGCUGAGGAAAUACUAGCACAGUUUGCCGGUAAGUUCCCUGAGAAGUCUAAGGUUGUUCACUUAGCCAGGGCUCAGGUGGCUGCUGCUGCUGGCCACCCACAUAUUGCAGCCGAUUCUCUUGCUAAGAUAUCGGAUAUCCAACACAUGCCUGCUACUGUUGCUACCAUGGUGUCUUUAAAAGAGCGAGCUGGUGACAUUGAAGGUGCAGCUUCUGUGCUUGACGCUGCAACCCAAUGGUGGUCCAAUGCUAUGACUGAGGACAAUAAGCUUAAUGUUAUAAUGCAAGAGGCUGCUUCAUUCAAGCUCAGACAUGGCAAGGAAGAGGGUGCUGCUAAACUCUAUGAGGGGCUUGUUAAAAGUCAGGGAAGCAUUGAAGCACUAGUUGGGCUGAUAACAACAGUUGCGCGCGCAGAUGUUGUUAAGGCAGAGCUAUAUGAAAAGCAACUAAAGACCUUAGCUGGUUCGAAGGGAAUUGAUGUGGACAGCUUGGAGCGUACUUCUGGAGUGAAACAAGUUGCAGGUCCGGUUGAUGUUACUGAAACCUAUGAGGAAGGAAAGAAUAAGACCAAAGCUAAGAAAAAGAGAAAGAGAAAGCCUAAGUAUCCUAAAGGGUUCGACCCUGCAAACCCAGGUCCUCCACCAGACCCAGAAAGGUGGCUUCCGAAGCGGGAGAGAUCAACUUUCAGGCCCAAGAGGAAGGACAAAAGAGCUGCUCAAGUGAGAGGCUCUCAGGGUGCUGUAGCUAAAGAAAAGCAUGAUGCCGGUUCCUCGUCCAAUCAUUCAAAUCCAAAAUCAAACCAGUCUACUUCCUCCAAAGGAGUUGCACAGAAUGCAGUUUCUGAGCAAGCCAAGCCCUCAUCCAAGUCAAGAAAGAAGUCUAGAAAUUAACUAGGAUUCAUGGUUUCUGUUUCUCUGAUAGAUAUUUUUUAUAUGACAAUCUGUUUAUCCUGCGGAGGUUUCAUAUACAAUAUGUGAGACUAAUCUAAAAACCGUCAGUUUUGGUUUAUAUACAAUUGUCCAUGGGCAAGUUUGUUGCACGCAGUUCGUUUCUUUAGUUUUUGGGAUUCAAGGCAAUAGAUCAUCCUUUGUUGCUUAAUGCCUAAGAUCCUUUUGUUGUGGCUGUUAUCUUUCCCAAUUUGUAAGCAUACAAUCGGCGUCCAAUUAGAUAUUCAUUACUUUGGAA